AUAGCUAAUAUUAAAAUUGUGAGCUUAAAUAUUUUUUUGUUCUAAUUAUUUCUUAUUAUAUUUUUAUCAUUUUAAAAACACUCUAAAAAAUGUCUGAAGAUAAAUUAGUUGCUACUGAUAUUUUACUGGAAUUUUUAGAAGUAGCAUUCAAUCAUAUUUUAUUUUUUAGAAAUUUAUAUCCCAAAGAAAUAUUUGUAAAAAAAAAAAUUUAUAGCGUAGUUGUAUAUAUUUCUGAACAUCCUGAGCUUAAUGAAUACAUAAAAAAUGUAUUAAAAGCAAUUAGAGAAUUAGUGAAAGAGAAUGAAAAUAAUGUUAAAGCUGUGAAUCUAGUUUUUUAUAAUAAAAAAAGAGAGCCAAUUGAGAAAUUUAUUUUUGAUUUUAUUAAAUUACAAGCAAAUAAUACAGAAAAAGAUCCAUAUUAUUUAAAAACAGAAGAAUCAUUAAGAACAAUUUGUUUGAAAUUAUCAAUGUGUGAAGCUUAUUUGAAACCAUUGCCAGAAGAUUCAUCCUUUUCCAUUGAAAUUCAAACACAUGAAACUGCACAUAUUAUUUUAAGUGAAAAUCCUCAUUGUGAAGAUUUUCCAUGGAUUAUCGAUGAAAAUGCUUUUGAAAUGACUAACAAAAAUUUACUUCCAUUGAAAACUAUAAAAACAGAUUGUCUAAAUUUGCAAAUGUAUGUUAUUGAAGAUGAAAAUAAGAAAUGCACAGAUUAAUUAUAACAUGUAUUAAUUGAUUUUAUAAUAUGUAUUUAUUAAAU